AUGGACGAUGAAGAAUAUAUGAAACCGAUGUUACCAACUGUACCAGAAAAAUGCGGCCCACCGGUGAUUCCGUUGGGGCAUUUGAUUGAAUUUGCCGUGCAGCAAAUUUUUCAUGAACUUACCGUUCUUUCGGAAUU